AUAAACACGGGGGGCUGGAGUUUCCUUGGAGGCAUUCUGGAGGAAGUUCACAUCCACUCCACUGUGAUUGGAAAGAUCUGGCUCACCACCCUGUUCAUAUUUCGUAUGCUUGUUCUGGGUGUAGCAGCUGAAAAUGUCUGGAAUGAUGAGCAGUCUGGCUUCAUCUGUAAUACAGAACAACUUGGCUGCAGAAAUGUAUGCCAUGACCAGGCUUUUCCUAUCUCUCAUAGAUACUGGGUUCUGCAGGUGAUUUUCAUGUCUUCACCAUCCCUGGUCUACAUGGCCCAUGCUUUGAGCCGACUGAGUGUUCUGGAGAAAGACAGGCAGAGGGAGGAAGCUCAACUGGGAGGAGAACUGAAAGGUGUUGAGUUUGAUAUGUCUGGGGAUGGAGGAGAUUGGAGCAAGCACUUUGUCAGCUGCAGCAAAGGAAACGUAAUAAGCUCCGCUCAGGGAACCGGGCUUUGCACUGAUGUGAUACACAUUUUCACUUGCUCUGUUGUUGAAGUUGGGUUUAUGAUUGGACAGUACUUUUUAUAUGGAUUUUAUUUAGAGUCUUUAUUUAAAUGCCAAGGCUAACCAUGUCCAAAUAUAAUUGAUUGUUUUAUCUCAAGAUCAACAGAAAAGACAAUAUUCCUAUUAUUUUUGCAAUCCACAGCCAUCGUUUCACUUUUCUUAAACAUUCUAGAAAUUUUCCACCUAAAAGAUUGAGAGAGGGCUCUGGGGACAAUAUAAAUUGAAGGAUGAGCAUAAUGAAUUCUAUUCAAACAGGUCAAGACAAAAUCUUGCCAAAUAUCAGAGCACAGCUGCAAAUUCACUGAAGCGACUCUCUUCUGCACCUGGUUAUAAUCUGAUAGUGGAAAAGCAAGCACACGCAACAGUGCAUCCUAGUUUAAACUGCCCUGCAUUUCAGGCAGGUCCUGAUAGUCACAAUAGAAAUGAUGAGAAAUGCAUUUUGGAUGAACAGGAAACUGUAUAUUCUAAUGAGAUGUACACAUUUAGUACUACCUGUAGUCAUAUUCAAAGUAUCAGCUCAAGUACUAAUGAAAACACUAAAACAAAACAAAACAAAACAAAACACAACACACAACACAACAGGAGCCCUAACCGGUUUGGCUCAGUGGAUAGAGCAUCAGCCUGAGGACUGAAGGGUCCCGGGUUCGAUUCUGGUCAAGGGCAGGUACCUUGGUUGUGGGCACAACCCCAGUAGGGGGUGUGCAGGAGGCAGCUGAUCGAUGUUUCUCUCUCAUCGAUGUUUCUAACUCUCUAUCCCUCUCCCUUCUUCUCUGUAAAAAAUCAAUAAAAUAUAUUUAAAAAAACAAAAAAACCAAAAAAACCCAAA